AUGUCCGUGGGGAAACUCUUCGACCCGGUUUCCUCAGGGCUAGAAGAAUCAUUCAGGCUCACCAGGUUUUCCAAUCUUCUGGGAAGCGCUUGCCGUGCACCUGCCGAGGUCAAUAAAAAACUCCUGGAGCGAUCGCCGCCUGAAGCAUCUCCUGAACAAGCUUCAGUCGUUCAGAAGUCGACUUACCCUCCGCCGCGCGCAGUCUCAGGCUCCUGUCAGAUUGUCCGCAUAGACGACCCGCACAUAGCCGGUCAAGCAGCAUGUGCUCAUUGUCUUGCCCCAAUCUACGCCGCUGGAGUCGUUGAAGUAGAAACAGUCAAUCUUCUGAUGACCUCGUCGACGAAAAUGUCCGACCGUGAACGCGAUGUUGUCCUUCCAAAGAUCGUGGCUGGUUUUCAAGAAUGCUGUGAAAGGGCAAACGCAAUAAUGACCCAGUCGCCGCUUGCGCUGAACCCGUCACUGACCAUUUCUGGUCAAGUAAAUGCGUUCAUGAACGUUGGCAGUCGCGAGUUUGUGGCAUCCGACGCGGCACAAAAGGGCGAUGUCUUAGUCUUAACGAAGCCACUUGGAACUCACGUGGCGUGUAUGGCGCAUAUGUGGAUGGAACAGAACCAAGAAAAAUGGAAUCGACUGAAGCAAGUUGUUACCGAACAGGAUGUCGAACGAGGCUAUCAGGAUGCAAUGUUUAAUAUGGUGAGAUUAAAUCGCGACGCCUCACGCUUCAUGGCUCAAUUCAACGCGCAUGGCGCAACAGCUGUCGCCGGCUACGGAAUUCUGGGUCACGCUAAACUCCUUGCAAAGCGACAGAAGAAAAAGGUCAACUUUGUGAUCCACAAUCUGCCGGUUCUCGCGAAAAUGAACACGAUCGCGAAAGCAAUGGGCAAUUCCUUCGGUCUAGCAAAAGGCGUCGCUCCUGAAAUCUCCGGAGGGAUGCUCAUUGCCCUCCCUCGCGAAGAGGCUGCGAAAUUUUGCGCCGAGCUGCGACGAAUCGAGGGCCACCAAGCUUGGAUCGUCGGAAUCGUCGAAGACGGUGAAGGAGAUGCGACAGUGAUCGAGCGGCCGCGCAUUAUCGAAGUGGUGACAGGCGCCGAUGGCUCUGUACAGUCCGCUCCGCCGUCGAGUAGCUCCUCUCGCCGCGGAAAGACGAAUUCGAAUUCCUCAACUGCCUCUUCCUCCUCUCGCCCAUCCGGCGUUCAAUUGCUCCAGAAAGGACCAAAAUCGAACAACAACAGCACUAGCCAUCAGCAGCAACAAUCCGCAAGUAACAACCGUGUCAGUGCGACUCAAGUCUCGACGAUAGUCCCAAUCACCAGUCACGCGCCGAACAAUUAUCAACAAUUGUCAAAACAACAACAAAUUCAAGCUACUUCUGUUAUUCAAAAUCAUUCCUCAGCUCCAACAAUCACAAUGGCGACGCCGCAAAACGCACAGCAUCAUUCUCGACCCUUGAUUCACGCAAAUCAGGUACAUCAGAAUCAACAAGCAGCAACUCGGCCGCAUCACCAGCACCAGCGCAUCUUGCCAAAAAUCCCUGUCGAAAACAAAUCAACAUCGGGGCCCACGCUCACGGAGCUCCAGCCGACAACGAGUAGAAGCCUCGCUCAAGCUGGGCAUAUAUCCGUCUCGCGAGCUGAGAUGAAUAACGCUUGGUACCAGACAAAUCAAGACCAUCCACAGCUCAUGUCGCAGCAACAACAACAGCAGCAGCAACAUCAAGUUUACAACUCUCAGUCUCCGAUCCUCAAUCUCCACCCGCACUCGCAACCUGCUCAUCCCCAAAGCGUUAUUCACUCGACGCUGACGUCAACGCACGCCAACAACAUCAACCAGCACAGACGCAAUCCCAACGUCUGA